AUGUCUGCCCAGCUUGCUGCUGGACCCGAAAUCGUCGAUAUCUCGUCAUCUGAAGCACAUACUGAAGCAUCAGACGACGUUUCUGAGUCUGGCUCCUCGGAUGAUGCCCAGUCCACCACAGCUCAUACUCUAGAGGAAGCGAUCAUAUCUGCAACAGCUUCUCGCGUCAAGCAAGUCCUGCUAAAUAUUUGCUACAAGAACGCAAUAUGCCGACACCUUGCCAGCGAGGAGCUGCUGGUGUCAACAUAUAGUAGUGUUCCGGCGACCGAAAACGGCGGCAGUAAGAAACGAGUCCGCAAGGCGUUCGAGAUGUGUUGUCAAUGCGAGGAAGAAUACGAUGUUCUCGAGAAUGAGAAGACCAAAGGUCUGUGCGUAUAUCAUCCUGGCUAUAAAGACCUCGAUACUGAGGCCGACAUCUGGGCUGAUCAUGACCCUAGUUGCCACGGCAAUCCUCAUGAUUUUGACGACGAUCCUGACUACGCAGAGGGUUUCAAAUGGGAUUGUUGUGACGAAGACGCUAUCACCGAGGGAUGCAAGACGUCGAAGCAUCGGCCGGACCCCAGCAAACGGAGGAAGUGAGAUUCUGUAAAGCAGAAGAUAUAGCAGUACAUUUGUAGUAGAC